AUGGAUCAAUCCAGCGGCUUAGCUCCGUCUGCUGAGGAUAUCCUCGCUUCUUACCACAUCCCUUCUGUGAAGCCCUUGUGGCUCAAUGCCAACUAUGCAAAGCAUAUUGUCAAGGGAAACUUUCUCACACUGAGCGCAAAGCCCAAGACGGUUGAGAUGGGAGAAUGGGUUGCACACCAGGUCGUCGACCAUUGGAGAAUGCUCAUUACCUUCAUUCGCCUCGUCCAUGACAAGGAGGAGGAUGGCUCCUCAAUCUGCAAUUCUCGGAAGUGCCCCAAGAUGUCGGCAGGAAUGAAUCACUCCUUCACAUGGUUGAGCUCUAGAUUGAUCCCCGUCGAGAUCCCGGCGUAUGAGUAUUUGACUUUGGUCCAGCGUUACAUUUCCGGGAAAAUCGACGAUUCCAACAUAUUCCCAACCGACCCGGCAGGUGUCUCAUAUGCCGAGAACGCGGCCUUCUCUUCCCCAGCCCCGGAGACUGGACGGCAGUGGGACGAUACGCCCGAACAAGCUUUGAAUGAGAAGCCCGGACAAGACUGGAUUGGCAAGCGGAGCGGGUUCCCUCAAAAUUUCUUGGAAACCUGCCAAACCAUCUUCCGUCAAAUGUUCCGUGUCUACGCCCAUCUGUACUGGUCGCAUUUUGAGGAUAUGUUUUCUCUGAACCUUGAGAAGUCGAUGAAUAGCUGUUUCAGCCAUUUUAUUCUCACAGCGACUACACUUAAUCUCCUCAAGAAGGCUGAUCUUGAGCCCAUGCAGCCCCUAAUCGAUCUUUGGGCUGCACUUGGUACCUUUCCUCCGGGUUCGAAGGCCUACGAGAAUGCUAACCUUCAGGUUGGAAGACUGCUUGUCCAGAAAGCCGGAGGCCCACCGAGCAACUAA